AUGAAAUCAUUUAGUAUAAAUCGACAAUUAAUAACGUCAACAAUGAAGCCAAAUAAAGAGAGUGAAGAAGUAGCAGCUGCAGAAGAAGCUAUUGGACAUUUCGGUUAUGGCAUUGAAAAUCUUACUUGGAAUCAGGUUAAAAAAUGUAUCGAAAUUACGAAAAUCAAAGGUUUGAACGAAGAUGAUUUGUUCAACGAGUUUACUGAAUUAAGAUUGACUUUCGAAAUGAUUCAGAAAAAAGAAGUACCAUUAUUAGAUCAGAUUCAAUUUUUUCUUUCCAAUGAAGGACAAGAAGAAAUUCAUAACUCAUCAACAACGUCAAUUCAUCAAAGUGAAGCUAACGAAGAAGAUGAGGAAGAACAAAUAAAAAUGAUUCGGUCCGAUCGACUGUGGGCAAUGCUACUUGCUGCUAAUGCUACACCGACACCAAAUAUAAAGAAAUUGAUUUGUUUUUUGUACUCGAUUCCAGCUAGUAAUGUUUAUGUCGAAAGUAUUUUUUCUGACAUGAAGCAUUUACUUAGUGAUUCUCGUAAUCGAAUAUCAGUCGAUCUAGUAUCUGCUGAGUUACAAAUUCGUCGAAAUUCCUCGUUGUCAUGUACUGAUAUGCAUCAAUAUUUGCUAUCUCAUAAAGAGUUGCUGGGAGCGAUCAGGUCUAACAACAAAUGUGCAUUCAAAAAACAGCGGGUCCAGUAA